AUGGCGAAAGACAAGAAGAAGAGCAAGGAAGUGGUGAAGAACCCCAAGGGCACGCGUGACUGGUCUGGUGAGGAUAUCGACUUGCUCAAAGCCAUCAGAAGGCAAAUCGAGAAGGUCUUUGAGAACUAUCGCGGCUUGGAGCUGGACACCCCAGUCUUUGAGCUGCAGGAAGUUUUAAAGGGAAAAUAUGGCGAAGAUUCUAAAUUAAUUUACGACCUGCAGGACCAAGGCGGCGAACUCCUCUCACUACGUUAUGAUAUGACGGUCCCCUUUGCUAGGUGGCUGGCUAUGAAUCCGGAUAUUGAGACUUGGAGGAGAUACGCAAUAGGCAAAGUCUACAGGAGAGAUCAACCGGCCAUAUCGAAGGGGCGAAUGCGCGAAUUCUGGCAAUGUGACAUUGACUUUGCCGGCGAGAGUGCUCCGAUGUUCAAUGACAGCGAAAUGAUUUCGAUCAUCGUAAAAGUCUUCGAAACCCUGGAGUGGAGCGGGAGGUACACGAUCAAGAUCAAUGACCGAAGAAUAUUGGACGGACUGUUCGAGGUCUGCGGCGUUCCGGCGGAGAAGAUCAGGACAAUAUCUAGCGCGGUCGACAAACUCGACAAGCUGCCCUGGCUGGAAGUGAAGAAGGAGAUGGUUGAGCAAAAGGGGCUCGAAGAAUCCGUGGCAGACAGAAUUCAAACGUACGUCACGAGAAAGGGAGGGAAAGAGUUGCUGGAGGAGCUGCAGAAAGACGAGGCUCUCAUGAGCAAUCCCAAGGCCAAAAAGGGCAUUGAAGAGAUGGACCUGCUGAUGCGCUACCUUCGGAGGUGGAAGGCUCUCGAUAAAAUCUCCUUUGAUCUGUCCCUGGCGCGGGGCCUUGACUACUACACUGGUAUCAUCUACGAAGUCGUCACUGAAGGCUCUGCCCCUACCCGCACACCUGCUCCGGCCACCGACUCCGCGCCUCCUAUGCCACCUGUCGCUACCAAUGGCGGCUCCAACGGUCUUCCCAGGAGGGAAAAGAAGCAAGUUUCUGAAGACGAUGACAGAUCCGAAGAUCCAUCCGUGGGUGUGGGAUCAGUGGCUGCGGGUGGUCGCUACGAUCACCUCGUCGAGCGAUUCCGGCCUGAUGCCAAUAUCCCCUGCGUUGGUGUGAGUUUUGGCAUUGAUCGGAUAAUUGCCAUCACCAAAGCAAGAAUUGCAAAGGGAGAAAAGUUCAGCUACAUUGCCCGUAACAGGACCGAUGCAUAUGUUAUGGCGUUUGGUGGUUCUGGCUUUGGAGGAAUGUUUGAGGAACGGAUUGAUGUCCUUGUUGCUCUGAGAGAUGCUGGUAUCAGAGCGGAGACUUUCUGGAAACAGAAGGCGAAGCUGCAAAAGCAAUUCAAAGAGGCGGACCGGGCUGGAGCACCGAUUGCAGUCAUUCUCGGAGAAGAUGAACAGGCAAGAGGCGAGGUGAAGGUGAAGCAAAUGGGUCUAGCGGAGGGCGACCCGGAAAAGGAAGGAGUCCUGGUCAAGGUCGAAGAUCUCGUCGCCAGAGUCCGAGGGCUGCUGGCAAAGAUAGACGAGUAA